AUGAGUGGUCUUCAGGCAGAGCUAAUGCAGCAAAAGGUUUCAGUAGCGUUAACUAACGAAGAGACGGUGUUUUGCACCAAAAUGAUUGUAGAGUGUCCUUUGGAGAUAAACAAUGUUAUCUCGAAAGUGGAUCUGUUAGUUUUUGUGUUUUUAGGUCUCAACAUUAUCUUAGGCAUGGAUUGGUUAUUUAGGCAUUUUGCUAGUAUAAAUUGCCAGCAAAGGACAGUGACAUCUCGAAUGCCCGGAAUGGAAGAUAAUAGAGUAUUCUGGGGCAAUAUGUUACAAUCAAUGCCGAGAAUGAUUACCUCACUACAAGCAAAGAAUGAGUUGGCGAGCGGGUUUAAAGCCUAUUUAGUACACUUAGUACAUAAGAAGAAAGAGUCUACGGAGGUACGAUGUAUACUAGUAAUAAGGAAUUUCCCAAAAGUGUGGGGGGAAUUGCCAGAAUUACCACCUCCUAGGGAACUUAGGUUUUUGAUUGAGUUGGAACCCGGGAUAGUUUUAGUGCAUAAGGCACCUUACAGGAUGACUCCAAUCAAGUUGAAAGAGCUAAAGAGUUGUGACUCUCCUAGACCCCGCUUGGGAUUGGACGGUGUCUGA